GAAACCGCCUCCGAACCGCCCACAUAAACAAAUUUUACACGUUCCGCUGUUUUCGGGAUUUGCAGUUGUUUAUGUCAAAUGUCGGCAUUGCUUACACGCGUUUUAUCUUGUGUUUGAUUUGUCGUUAGAGUUUGCUCAGUGAUGUCUUUUAUUGUUUGUAUAUCAAUUUAUCAAGAUUUAUUGUCAUCAAACAUGUAAAUCUGGUGUAGCAAACAAGGGUCUGCAAUUUGGAGAAGCAAUGUUUACUUUAGUCAACCUGGUUGAUGGGUUGAUGUAUUUAUGGCGUCAACAACAAAGUACCACUAUUUCAAAAUUGCAUAGUCGAAUGGAUUUUGCAGAUAUGGAGGACAAACGAGAAAUAAAGUCACCUGAGAAAACAAAAGUGGAAAUGUGUCAGAUCAUUCAGUCAAGCCACAUUGAUAAAUAUGGACAUCUAAGUUGUGGUCAAUUAUUAAAAUGGGUGGACAUUUCUGCAUGCUUGGCAGCUGAAAAACUCGCUGGUUGCUCCUGUGUAACUGUAUCAGUUGACGAUCUCUAUUUUGAGGAUCAAGUUCAUCUUGGUGAAAUCAUUUGUUUAAAAAGUAAAGUUAAUAGAGCUUUCAACACAAGCAUGGAGGUUGGAGUGCAGGUGACGAAAGAGCAUCUUGGAGGAGAGAAGAAAACUAUUUGUGAAGCUUUUUUGACAUUUGUAGCUUUGAACAGGGCUGGAAGAAAGAUAAAACUGCCACCAUUUUUAUGUGAAUCUCAUUCUGAGGAAAUUUGUUACUCACUUGCGGAAGAAAGAAAGCGAGUAAGAAUAAGCCACUCAAAAACUAUAACACAUUUGGUGGAGAGUUAUGAGGCUGACUGUACAGAAUCAGAUGAAGAAGAGACUAUUGAUGGACCAGUUGUAAAUGGCUUGUUGACUAGAGUUGAAAGUGUUGAACUCGUACUUCCGCAACAUGCUAAUCAUCACGGUAAUACUUUUGGGGGACAAAUAUUAGCAUGGGUUGAAAAUAUUGGAUCAAUUAGUGCAGCUCGGUUUGUGAAGGAUGUAGUCAAGUUACGAUCGGUCGAUAUGGUACAUUUCAGAGGUUCAAGUCAAGUCGGAGACAGAAUUGUAUUGCAAGCAAUUGUGAACUGUGCCUUUGAGAAAAGUUUAGAAGUUGGUGUGAGAGUUGAUGCUUACAAUUGUGAAGAGGGAGAAAUUGGUGAAUUGAGACACAUUAAUAGUGCAUUCUUGACAUUUGAAUCAGAGUUGGAACUUCCUGCACUCAACUAUAACCAUGAUGAAGAUGGUAUUAGACGUCAUCGGGAGGCUAUUGCUCGAGGAAAGAUACGAUUAGAUCGUCGUUAUAUAUUGUCUGGUAAAAGGAAAGAAAAACUAUCUGUUGUUUUGAAUGAAAAUAAUCUCAUGUAUCUCAGUUUGAAUAACAUAAGUACAAUGAGUGAACUCGCUUCAAAAACUGACUGGAAGAAAGUUUCAAGCGAAGAUAAGUUAACGUUGAGCACCCUUGAAAGUGACGGAAUUUUAACAUUCAAAGUUCAUAAAAAACUCUGCAGUUCAAAGGUCACAGAUUAUCAUGCUUACAAAAUUCUCAGUGAUCCACGACAAAGAACACAAUGGGAUCCCUUGAUGGAGAGUUGUGAUCUGAUAAGAGGUGAACCUGGCAUUGACGACUGCGUUUAUCACACUGUGAUGAGAUCAAGCGUUAACGAAGAUGAAAAUGUGAAGAGAAGAAAUUAUUUUGAUUUACUUUAUUCAUGCAGAGAACCAACAAUCGAAGGAGAGCCCUAUAUCAUAGCAAUGAGAUCAGUUGUUGUCGAAGGAGGUGGAUUAUCGAAUGAGAUUGAUCAUGAAAAAUUGGAAGUUGCUUGUGCUGGAUUCACAAUUUAUCAAGAGCCUGGACAGAAUACAGAGAUAUCUUACUACAAUGAAACAAACCCUAAACUUGUGUCGUAUAUAACACGAGAUGUUGCUGGAUUCAGUAAAUUGUAUUCGAUAAUUUAUAAAAAGAUGGAGAAAUAUAUUGUUGAUAAAUUAAUUGAUUAAUAGCUCUUUUUGUAUGAUAUUUUAAAAUGUUUCAUGGAUUGAAAUUUUUUACUUAUUCAUGAUUGCAAAAACUACCAGUAAUUUUUUGAUGUUCUUACCUUUUUAUAAUUUAACAUUUUGUAAUAUUGAUGUGUUCCUGUAAAAUAUUUGUUAUUUGAAGCUGCAAUGCCAUGCUAGAGUGUAGCAUGACAUUCAAGAUUUUGUAAAUUGUGGAUCUUCAUCUAAAAGUAAAUUUUUUUUUUUGUGAUCAAAUCCAACUUUUACAUAUAAAAUAUAUUAUAAGUAGGCUAACCAAAUUUUUUGUUCCAAUUUUAGCUGCUAUAAUGCUAUACUUGAAAUAUUUUCUUGAGGAAGCAUUAAUUUGAAGUUUAGUAUUUUUAUUGAAUUCCUUGCGUUUCUCAUUGCCAAGGAAUUGAUUUAAAUGAUUCCAUUCUGAUCAGCUUUCAUAGUUAAAAUGAAUAAACUCAGUGGGCAUUUUGCAAGCAUUUUCGUUAAUAUUGAACUAUUCCUGAGGCAAUAAUUUGUAUGAUUUUUUUAUAUUGCGGGUGCAUAUAACUUUGAAAAGGUGAACAAUAGAUGCAAUAUGCAUCUAAUAGUUUUAUUAUUUCAUGAACAACUUUAUUCAUAACAAUAUAUAUAUGUUUUAUCCUUCACUAUUUUAAUGAUUAUUUUGUUUGUAAAAUUCAGGUUCUAAAUUCACAGUUAUUGCAUGAAUAUUUUUGAUAAUUUUUCAUCUGAUUUUGUCAUGUUCGUUAUAUACUGCAUAACUACACCAAUGUUCCUUGCAUAUGUGGUUCUGUUUUUCAAGCUUUCAAAGUAAACAUUAAUGCAGUAGUA